AUGGCCAGAUCCAUCAGCAGAAAGUACAGGUGCUCCAGAGAACAUCUAACUACAAUCUCCAGAAAGAAAUCAAGUUCCAGUGCCAUGCUUGGCCAUAGAAAUUAUUCACUCUACGUAAACAGGGUCCUGAAAGAAGUGGUUCCCCAGAAGGGCAUAUCAUCUCGCACCUUGGACGUCAUGAACACCCUGAUCAACAACAUCUUUGAGCGCAUUGCUUUGGAAGCCUGCAACAUGAUGUAUUUCAGAAAUCGCUGCACUCUCACUCCGGAAGACAUCAAGAAGGCAGUGUAUUUGCUGUUGCCUGAGAAACUGGCUAAGUAUGCAGUGGCUUUUGGAAGCGAAGCAGUCACCAAAUAUGCCCGCUCCUAA